UUUGGUGCGGAGUUUUGCGGAGAGGAAGGAGGAGUUGUCGCCGGGGGAGAUUUUUGUGUAGUUGGUUACGGAUUUUUUUGGUUUGGUUUUCUUUUUGAUUGGAGAUAGUGUAAGAGAAGAGCAAUUGUGUAUGGGAUGGGGCAGAUCUUGCGUUUUAUGAAGAAAACAAAGAUUGUGUGCAAUUGUCUGCUCUGAGAAAUCAGUGAAUUGGAAAGGGAGUGUGAGAAAUUGGAGUUUGACUGGUCGAGCAAGCAACAGUGGGUGGGUUUCGAUUUGUCGUUUUAGAUGGUCGGAGGUGCUUACAAUUCUUUGAUUCUGUGUUGGGUAUGCUCUGAAUUCAGAGAAAUGAAGCUUCGGCAAUGUUGAGAUUUCGUGGAAUUACGGUUUUGAGUUACGGAUUUCUGUUCGAGUCCUUGGUGCGCAUCUGAGGGGUUUUACUGAGAAGAUUCUGAGACUUUUUAUCUGAUUCGCUGUAGGCUGUAGCCAAGUGUCACACACAGAUUCCAAAUUUGAUCAUAUUAUUCUUUGUAAGAGUUUUUAUGCGCUGAAAAUCUGCGAAUUAGCUCUGUGGAUUGAAAUGAUUACGUUUAUGGAUGCAAAAGAGAAAGCCAAGGAGGUGGACAAGUGCUUGGAUCCUCAGCUAUGGCAUGCUUGCGCGGGUGGAAUGGUGCAAAUGCCUUCGGUGAACGCCAAGGUCUUCUACUUCCUUCAGGGACACGCCGAGCAUGCGUGCGGACCUGUCGAUUUCCGGAGCUGCCCGAGGGUUUCGCCGUACAUACUCUGCAGAGUUUGUGCCGUCAAAUACAUGGCUGAUCCUGAGACCGACGAGGUGUUCGCCAAGAUUAGGCUGCUUCCGGUGAACGCCAAUGAACUGGACUACGAAGACGAUGGAGUUGGAGGGAUUAAUGGGUCUGAACCGCAAGAGAAACCGGCUUCGUUUGCGAAGACGCUGACCCAAUCGGACGCCAACAAUGGCGGGGGUUUCUCCGUUCCGAGGUACUGUGCGGAGACGAUUUUUCCGAGGUUGGAUUACUCGGCGGAUCCACCCGUGCAGACUAUUUUGGCUAAAGAUGUUCAUGGCGAGACGUGGAAGUUUAGGCACAUUUACAGGGGCACACCUCGGCGGCAUCUUUUGACAACGGGGUGGAGUACUUUCGUGAAUCACAAGAAGCUAGUGGCCGGGGAUUCGAUUGUGUUCUUGAGGGCGGAGAACGGGGAUCUCUGCGUCGGGAUUCGGCGGGCCAAGAGGGGAAUUGGCGGCGGACCGGAGAUGGCGUCAGGGUGGAAUCCGGCGGGCGGGAAUUGUGCCGUGCCGUAUGGAGGGUUUUCGGCUUUCUUGAGGGACGAUGAGAGCAAACUACUGAGGAAUUCUAAUACUAAUGGGAACGGUUCGAGCUCCAAUGGAAGUCUGAUGGGUAGGGGGAAAGUGAGGGCUGAAUCUGUUCUCGAAGCUGCGACGCUUGCUGCUGCUGGGAAGCCAUUUGAGGUUGUUUACUAUCCUCGGGCGAGUACGCCGGAGUUCUGCGUGAAGGCUUCCAUGGUGAAAGCAGCAUUACAGAUCCGGUGGUGCUCGGGAAUGAGAUUCAAGAUGGCUUUUGAAACUGAGGAUUCUUCGCGUAUCAGUUGGUUCAUGGGAACCAUUUCUUCUGUUCAGGUUGCUGAUCCCCUCCGCUGGCCUGAUUCACCUUGGAGGCUUCUCCAGGUUUCAUGGGAUGAGCCAGAUUUGCUUCAAAAUGUGAAACGUGUGAGCCCAUGGCUGGUGGAAUUGGUAUCAAACAUGCCCGCCAUCCAUCUACCCUUCUCACCACCGCGGAAGAAGUUGAGAAUGCCACAACACCCAGAUUUCCCCUUUGAUGGCCAACUUCCAAUGCCGACAUUUUCCGGCAACCUCCUUGGGGCCAACACCCCUUUUGGUUGUCUACCCAACAAUACUCCUGCUGGCAUGCAGGGAGCCAGGCAUGCUCAUUAUGGUCUAUCCUUAUCAGAUCUCCACCUCAAUAAGCUGCAGUCAAGUCUGUUUCCGGCUGGUUUCCCACCACCACUCGAUCAUGCUGCUACACCCACUAGAGCCCCAAAUAACCCAAUCUUUCAAAAACCUAGCAUGAGCGAGAAUGUUUCUUGCCUGCUAACCAUGUCGCGUUCUACACAGACUUCAAAGAAACCUGAUGAUGUCAAAACACCACAGUUUGUUCUUUUUGGUCAAACAAUACUUACAGAGCAGCAGAUCUCUUUAAGCUGCUCUGCCGACACAGUCUCACCAGUUGGUACUGGAAAUAGCUCAUCAGAUGGGAAUGGCGAUAAAAUGACAAAUUUCUCUGAUGGUUCUGGUUCUGCACUUCAUCAACAAGGCAUUCCUGAGCGCUCUUCAUGUGAAGGAUUCCAAUGGUACAAGGAUCAUCGCCAAGAAAUGGAGCCAAAUUUGGACACUGGUCUUUGUAAAGUCUUCAUGGAAUCAGAGGAUGUGGGUCGGAGUCUUGACCUUUCAUUACUUGGGUCUUAUGAGGACUUGUACAGAAAACUGGCCGACAUGUUUGGCAUAGAAAACUCUGAGACAUUAAGCCAUGUUCUUUACCGGGAUGUUAAAGGGUCUUUCAAACACGUAGGAGAUGAACCAUUCAGUGACUUCAUGAAAGCAGCGAGGAGGUUGACGAUUUUGAUGGAUUCAAGCAGCGACAAUCUAGGAAUGUAGAGAACGAGCAAUAAAACCUUCAUUUCAAUUGUACAGCUGGUUGAUCAAAUCCUUUCUUCUCGUGCUGACCUCUUACCAGUUACCACCCUCUUGAAAUUGUGGGAGGAACCAUCCUCAUCCAUGUUUUUUUGGACUUUCAAGCUUUGGUGGUUCCAGAUUCAUGUUUUUCUUCCAUUUUUCGAAGAAGUCUUUGGAUUUCAAGACUUUCUUUCAGUGCCAUAGCUUGCUAAUUCGGAAUUUUUGUUGAUAUUGUUUCUCUUUCUUUUUCUCUUUUUGGCACACAAAUCCUACAGUCACCAGCGGUCUGUAGGAGAUUUGUUCAUGUAUAAUCUUUUGAGAAUUUGCCCAAGAAAAUGCGUUUUGAGAAUGGAUUAGUUCAUAAUGAGCCUCAA